CCCAAAGUCUGAGGUGACUGCUGUGUUGAGUCGCACACUCUCCCUCAAAAGUCUCCGCAUAUACACCGUGACAAAGAUACAACCUCAGCCGGAGACAUCUCGAAACGCACACAAGCUUUGCUGCUAAAAUGGAUCGUAUCCUCUAUUCCAAGAUGAUGAUUCUCAUCUCGUCGCUGCUUUUCUUCCAUUCUUCAUUGGCUCUACGUACCCCGUUGACUCUGGUCACCACAGCUCGGGCCAUGGUCACAGCUCCACCCGCAGUACCGAUCACGCGUACCACGAUUGCACCUUUCACAAAACGCGACGAGAUCAAUCCAGGCAACUGGACAUUUUCUAUCGGACCACAAGAUCCCGAACAAGCGACAUAUUUCGCGGGCCAUACCACCAAGGUGGUUCAACCCACUUACGGCACGGAGAUCGAAUCUCUCCUCGACGAUGCAGUGGUGGCUGCUUGGGCAUCGAUCUCAGAGUCAGGUUACCUGCUGGAAGUGCUGGCUAGUGUUGUCACAACCAUGACCAAUGUGGAGACAGCCGUCUACCUGAUCGUGAAUGCUGUUGGCACCCACCCUUUCUCUGAAGUGCCAAACACUGUGUGGAAUAGCAUCUUGUUCGAGACGGAUGAUACUUAUAUUCACGAGCUCAACGCACCCCAAGAAGCAGAUUACGCGGUCUAUUCUCAGUCGGGCCUGGCACCUGAGUCUACACUGGUUGCAGAAGUCGACAUUCGAUGUACCACUGUGGCGCUCUGAUCCACGAAGAUGGAGGA